CGUCCACUUCGUGCGCUCCGCCGCCGGGACAGGACCGGACCCUGCGUGCCAGGGAGCAGCCACCGCCGCCAGGAAUCCGGGAGCGGGCUCGGGGCUGGGCAGUACCGGGACCCUGCCGGGCAUGGCUGUACCGGGAGGCUGAGAGCCACUGACCCGCAGGCUGGGAAGUUGAUACCGAAGGUCAGCAAGUGAAGAGAGGAAUUCCUGGGGCGGUUCCAGCCAGGACCAAAGUCCCAACAAGAUGGAGAAGGAAGAGGAGGAAACACGGGAGAUCCUGCUCCCCAAUUGGAAAGGAAGCGGCUCUCACGGAAUCACCAUUGACCAGACGGAAGAUGGGGUCUUUGUGAAGCAGGUGGUGCAGACUUCCCCUGCUGCCAGAACUGUGAAGGAAGGGGAUCAGAUUGUGAGCGCCACUAUCUAUUUCGACAACCUGCAGUCCGGAGAGGUCACGCAGCUGCUGAACAGCAUGGGCCACCACACGGUGGGGCUGCGGCUGCAGCGAAAGGGGGACAAGUCUCCAUUGCCGGGACAGUCAUGGUCACAUGAUGUGUUCUCACCCAGGAGCCCAGAAGUUGUUCUGAGUGGGGAUGAUGAAGAGUACAGGAGAAUAUACACAACAAAAAUUAAACCACGUCUGAAGUCGGAAGAUGCAGCAGAAGCUGAACACACAGAAAGCAGAACCAUUACCGUCACGAAAAAGGUCACAGCUUAUACCGUAGAUGUCACUGGACACGAGGGAGCAAGAGAGAUUGACAUCAGCAGCCCAGAAUUUAAAGUUAAGAUUCCAAGCCAUCAAGUCACCCAUAUAACAACAUCAGAAAUUGAAAAAGGACCUGGAAAAACCGUGAUCAAAAUACCACAGGUGGAUUUAUCUGGGAAAACAGACCUCAGUAUGGGUAGACCUAGUGGCAUCUCAUAUUCUGGACCAACAGUCGAAUCAUCCACCAAAAGGCUGGACUUUGGUACCCCUGACGUGCACAUGAAAGAGCCCAAGGUGGGCACUGAGAUAAAUGUCUCAGGACCUCAAGUCACAGGCGUUCACUUGAGAACCCAAACAGACUUUAAGCCAGCAGAAAUUCAAGUUCCAGGUGUGGACGUUGUCAAAUCGGUUAAUGUUUCUGGCACUAGAGUCACAAGCCCAGAGGGCAGCUUGCCCAGAAUCGAUGCAAAUGGACAGAGGGGAAACCUGGAUGCAAAUAUUCAUAUUACUGGCCCUAAACUAAAUGGAAAAAUGGGUGUUUCAGGCAUUGAGGUUAAAACUGAAGUUCCAGGAGGCAAACUGCCGCAAUUUGAUAUUUCAGACUCCAAGAUAAGAAGUGAUAGAGAAGGUCCCAAAGUUGAUGUAUCAUUUUCAAAAAUCAAGGCUCCUUCAGUUGAUAUUUCUGGCCCUAAGAUUCAAGGUGAUAUCAAAGCUCCAAGGGUGGACAUUCCUCUUUCGAGCAUCGAAUGUGAUAUGCAGGACAUUAAAGCUCCAGAAAUUAACAUUGAAAGCCCAGGAAAAAUAAAAAUGCCUGUAAUGAAGAUGCCUAAAUUUGGCUUCUCACCUUCAGCUUCUGAUACUGAUGUUCGAGCACCACAGGCAGGUGUAGACAUUUCUGUGCCAAAGAUACAGGCUCCUCACCUGGAUAUCACAACUCCAUCUGUUCAUAUGGAAGAUCCAAAGGAAAAACUGAAAAGUACAGUGCCUUCAGGGGAAGGUGCUAACAUUGCAAAGCCACAUGUGGGUGUGGCUCUCAAAGGACCUCAGUUGAAGGGAGUGGUGGAAGUGUCCUCUCCAACACUAGAAGGUCCCAGAGUUGGUGUCAAGGGUCCCAAGGUUGAUCUUGCAGCUCCUGAUGUUGAUGUUCAAAGUGAUGAAGGAAAAAUAAAAUUGCCCUCAAUGAAAUUUCCUAAAUUUACUGCAUCAGGUUUCAAAGGAGAAGGCCCUGGUGUGGGUGUAACGCUUCCUAAGGGGGAGAUUACUAUUGCAGGCCCCAAGGUAGACAUCAGCACACCAGAUAUAGGCACUGGAGGAGAAUGGAAGGUCCCCAAAUUUAGGAAGCCUGAAUUAAUUAGUCAGACACCAAAAAUUUCUAUGUCGGAUGUGGACCUGAGUCUGAAAAACCCUAGCCUGAAGGCAGAUGUGGGUAUUUCAGGGCCAAGGAUCGAAGGGGAUCUGAAAGGACCCACUGUGGAUAUUAAAGGCCCCAAACUAGACACUGAAGCUCCUGGCAUUGACCUUGAAAGUCCUGAAGGUCAGUUGAAAGGGCCCAAGUUCUCAAUGCCUUCUUGGAAAAUGUCACCAUCAAAAGUAUCCAUGCCGGAUGUGGAUGUGAAUCUGAAAGGGCCUAAAGUGAAGGGAGACAUGGAUGUUUCCAUCCCACAAAUAGGAGGUGACUUGAAGGGACCUCAGAUUGACAUAAAAGGCCCCAAGCUAGAUAUAGAUGCUCCUGACAUUGACAUCAAAGUGCCAGAAGGACACCUGACAGGUCCCAAAUUUAAGAUGCCUGAAAUGCACAUCAAGACCCCUAAAAUCUCCAUGCCAGACAUCGACUUGAAUCUGAAGGGUCCUAAGCUGAAAGGAGAUGUGGAUGUUUCAGUGCCAAAGUUGGAAGGGGAGUUGAAAGCUCCUGGCAUUGACAUUAAAGGUCCGAAAGUGGACAUUGAUGCGCCAGAUGUGGAUAUUCAUGGCCCAGAUGGUAAACUGAAAAUGCCUAAACUGAAAAUGCCAAAAUUCAGCGUGCCUGGGCUGAAAGGGGAGGGACCAGACGUGGAUGUAACACUUCCAAAGGGGAAGCUGGAUAUUUCUGGUCCGAAGGUACAAAUUGAUGCUCCAGCUUUGGACAUUGAAGGACCCAAGGGAGAACUAAAAGGUCCCAAAUUUAAGAUGCCUGAAAUGCACAUCAAGACACCAAAAAUCUCCAUGCCAGACAUCGACUUGAAUCUGAAGGGUCCUAAGCUGAAAGGAGAUGUGGAUGUUUCAGUGCCAAAGCUGGAAGGGGAGUUGAAAGCUCCUGGCAUUGACAUUAAAGGUCCAAAAGUGGACAUUGAUGCGCCAGAUGUGGAUAUUCAUGGCCCAGAUGGUAAACUGAAAAUGCCUAAACUGAAAAUGCCAAAAUUCAGUGUGCCUGGGCUGAAAGGGGAGGGACCAGACGUGGAUGUAACACUUCCAAAGGGGAAGCUGGAUAUUUCUGGUCCGAAGGUACAAAUUGAUGCUCCAGGUUUGGACGUUGGAGGACCCAAGGGAGAAUUAAAAGGUCCCAAAUUUAAGAUGCCUGAAAUGCACAUCAAGACACCAAAAAUCUCCAUGCCAGAUGUGGACAUGAAUCUAAAAGCCCCCAAGCUGAAGGGAGAUGUUGAUAUUUCAGGGCCAAGGAUAGAAGGGGAUCUGAAAGGACCCACUGUGGACAUUAAAGGCCCCAAACUAGACACUGAAGCUCCUGGCAUUGACCUUGAAAGUCCUGAAGGUCAGUUGAAAGGGCCCAAGUUCUCAAUGCCUUCUUGGAAAAUGUCACCAUCAAAAGUAUCCAUGCCGGAUGUGGAUGUGAAUCUGAAAAGGCCUAAAGUGAAGGGAGACAUGGAUGUUUCCAUCCCACAAAUAGGAGGUGACUUGAAGGGACCUCAGAUUGACAUAAAAGGCCCCAAGCUAGAUAUAGAUGCUCCUGACAUUGACAUCAAAGUGCCAGAAGGACAUCUGACAGGUCCCAAAUUUAAGAUGCCUGAAAUGCACAUCAAGACCCCUAAAAUCUCCAUGCCAGACAUUGACUUGAAUCUGAAGGGUCCUAAGCUGAAAGGAGAUGUGGAUGUUUCAGUGCCAAAGCUGGAAGGGGAGUUGAAAGCUCCUGGCAUUGACAUUAGAGGUCCAAAAGUGGACAUUGAUGCGCCAGAUGUAGAUAUUCACGGUCCAGAUGGUAAACUGAAAAUGCCUAAACUGAAAAUGCCAAAAUUCAGUGUGCCUGGGCUGAAAGGGGAGGGACCAGACGUGGAUGUAACACUUCCAAAGGGGGAGCUGGAUAUUUCCGGUCCGAAGGUACAAAUUGAUGCUCCAGGUUUGGAUGUUGAAGGACCCAAGGGAGAACUAAAAGGUCCCAAAUUUAAGAUGCCUGAAAUGCACAUCAAGACCCCUAAAAUCUCCAUGCCAGACAUCGACUUGAAUCUGAAGGGUCCUAAGCUGAAAGGAGAUGCGGAUGUUUCAGUGCCAAAGCUGGAAGGGGAGUUGAAAGCUCCUGGCAUUGACAUUAGAGGUCCAAAAGUGGACAUUGAUGCGCCAGAUGUAGAUAUUCAUGGCCCAGAAGGUAAAUUCAAAAUGCCCAAAUUCAAAAUGCCCAAGUUUGGAAUGCCUGGGUUAAAAGGGGAGGGACCAGAUGUGGAUGUAAGCCUUCUGAAAGGGGAGAUUGAGCUCUCAGGUCCAAAAGUAGGCUUUGAUGCUCCUGAUUUGGAUUUUGAAGGGCCAGAAGGAAAACUGAAAGGUCCCAAAUUUAAGAUGCCUGAAAUGCACAUCAAGGCACCCAAAAUCUCCAUGCCAGAUGUUGAUUUACACUUGAAAGGUCCUAAACUGAAGGGAGAUGUAGAUGUUGCUGUUCCGAAGAUACAAGGUGAUUUGAAAGGUCCUGAAUUUGAUCUUAAAAGCCCCAAAGUUGACAUUGAUGCACCAGUAGUGGAUAUUCAUGGCCCAGAUGGUAAACUCACAAUGCCUAAACUGAAAAUGCCUAAAUUUGGUGUACCUGGGCUGAAAGGGGAGGGACCAGAUGUGGAUAUAGCACUUCCAAAGGGAGAGGUGGAUAUUUCUGGUCCCAAGAUAGAUAUAGAUGCUCCAGGUUUGAACAUUGAAGGGCCUGAAGGACAUCUGAAAGGUUCCAAAUUUAAGGUGCCUGAAAUGCACAUCAAGACCCCUAAAAUCUCCAUGCCAGACAUUGACUUGAAUCUGAAGGGCCCUAAGCUGAAGGGAGAUGUGGAUGUUUCUGUUCCAAAGCUGGAAGGGGAAUUGAAAGCUCCUGGAAUUGACAUUAAAGGCCCCAAAAUGGAUAUUGAUGCACCAGAUGUGGAUAUUCACGGCCCAGACAGUAAACUGAAAAUGCCUAAACUGAAAAUGCCUAAAUUUGGUGUACCUGGGCUGAAAGGAGAGGGACCAGAAAUGGAUAUAACAUUUCCAAAAGGGGAUGUGGAUAUUUCCGGUCCCAAAGUGAACAUUGAUACCCCAAGUUUAGACACUGAAGGGCCAGAAGGUAAAGUGAAAGGUCCAAAGUUUAAACUGCCUGAGCUAAAUAUUCAGACACCCAAAGUCUCCAUGCCAGAUGUGGACCUAGGUUUGAAGGCAUCUAAACUCAAAGGAGAUGUGGAUAUCUCUGUUCCAAAGAUAGAAGGUGAUUUGAAAGGACCCAGCAUGGACGUUAAGGGGCCUCAAAUUGAUAUUGAAGGUCCCCAAAUGGAUAUUGACGUGCCUGAUAUGGACUUGGAAUGUCCAGAAGGCAAACUGAAAGGUCCCAAAUUUAGGAUGCCUAAAAUGAAUAUCAAGGCCCCUAAAAUCUCCAUGCCAGAUGUUGAUCUGAAUCUAAAGGCACCUAAACUGAAAGGAGAGAUGGAUGUUUCUGUUCCAAAGAUGGGAGGUGAUUUUAAAGGACCCAGCAUUGACAUUAAGGGCCCCAAAGUUGACACUGAUGUUCCUGAUGUUGACCUUGAAUGUCCAGAAGCCAAACUGAAAAUGCCAAAAAUGAAGUUUCCAAAGUUUGGCAUGCCUGGCUUCAAAGGAGAGGGUCCUGACAUGGAUGUGAAACUCCCUAAGGGACAGGUGGAUAUUUGCGGUCCCAAAGUGGAUAUUGAUGCUCCAGGUUUGGACAUUGAAGGACCAGAUGGAAAAAUAAAAGGUCCCAAAUUUAAGAUGCCUGAAAUGCACAUCAAGACCCCUAAAAUCUCCAUGCCAGACAUUGACCUAAAUUUGAAAGGUCCCAAACUAAAAGGAGACGUGGAUGUUUCUAUUCCAAAGCUAGAAGGUGAUUUGAAAGGUCCUGAUGUUGACAUCAGUGCCCCCUCAAUAGAUAUUAAUGCACCAGAUAUUGAGCUGCAGGGUUCAGGUGGAAAACUGAAAAUGCCCAAAAUGAAGAUGCCUCAAUUUAAUGUGUCAGGCACUAAACUUGAAGGACCUGAUAUAGAUGUAAAAGUGCCAAAGGGAGAGGUUGAUAUUUCAGCUCCCAAGGUAGAUAUAGAGGCUCCAGAGCUGGACCUUGAAGGCCCAGAAGGCAAAUGGAAAGGACCUAAAUUUAAAAUGCCUAAAUUGAAUAUUAAAGCACCUAAAAUCUCCAUGCCGGAUGUAGACUUGAAUCUCAAGGCACUGAAAAUGAAGGGGGAGAUGGAUGUUACUGUUCCAAAGAUAGAAGCUGAUUUGACAGGACCUGAAAUUGAUAUUAAAGGGCCAAAAUUAGACACUGAGGCACCUGAUAUGGAUCUUGAGUGUCCUGAAGGAAAACUGAAAGGGGCAAAAUUCUCAAUGCCUUCUUGGAAAAUGUCACCAUCAAAAAUAUCCAUGCCAGAUGUGGACUUAAAUUUGAAAGGGCCCAAACUGAAGGGAGACUUGGAUGUUUCUGUCCCAAAGAUAGAAGGUGACUUGAAAGGACCUGAGAUUGACAUGAAAGGCCCCAAAUUGGAUGUUGAUGCACCGGACAUCGGCAUUGAUGGGCCAGAAGGAAAAAUGAAAGGUCCCAAAUUUAAAAUGCCUGAAAUGCACAUCAAGGCCCCAAAAAUCUCUGUUCCUGAUGUAGACCUGAAUUUAAAAGCCCCUAAAAUAAAAGGGGAAGUUGAUAUCUCAGCUCCUAAAUUUGAAGGAAAUUUGAAAGGUCCUGAUUUUGAUAUCAAAGGUCCCAAGGUUGAUAUUGAUGCACCAGAUGUGGAUAUUCAUGGCCCAGAUGGUAAAUUCAGAAUGCCCAAAUUCAGAAUGCCCAAAUUCAGCAUGCCUGGGUUCAAAGGAGAGGGACCAGAGGUGGAUGUGAAGCUUCCAAAAGGGGAGAUGGAUAUUUCCGGUCCCAAGAUAGACAUUGAUGCUCCGCAGUUGGACGUUGAAGGUCCUGAAGGAAGGCUGAAAGGUCCUAAAUUUAAGAUGCCUGAAAUGCACAUCAAGGCGCCUAAAAUCUCCAUGCCAGAAAUUGAUUUGAAUGUGAAAGGUCCUAAAUUGAAGGGGGAUGUGGAUGUUUCUGUUCCAAACCUGGAAGGUGACUUGAGGGGGCCUGAAUUUAAUCUCCAAGGCCCCAAAGUUGACAUAGAUGCACCAGAUAUGGAUAUACACGGCCCAGAAGGUAAACUCAAAAUGCCUAAAUUCAAAAUGCCCAAAUUUGGCAUGCCUGGGUUCAAAGGGGAAGGCCCGGAUGUGGAUGUAAAACUUCCGAAGGGGAACGUGGAUAUUUCUGGGCCCACGGUAGACAUAGAUGCCCCAGAUUUGAACAUUGAAGGUCCAGAGGGAAAGCUGAAAGGUCCCAAAUUUAAGAUGCCUGACAUGCAUGUCAAGGCACCUAAAAUCUCCAUGCCAGAUUUUGAUUUGAACCUGAAAGGACCUAAAGUGAAGGGGGAUGUGGAUGUUUCUGUACCAAAGCUAGAAGGGGAUUUGAAAGGGCCUGAGUUUGAUAUCAAAGGUCCCAAAGUGGACAUUGAUGCUCCAGAUCUUGAUAUUGAAGGUCCUGAAGGAAAAUGGAAAGGCCCCAAAUUUAAGAUGCCUGAAAUGCACAUCAAGGCACCUAAAAUCUCCAUGCCUGACAUCGACUUUAAUUUGAAAGGCCCUAAAGUGAAGGGGGAUGUGGAUGUUUCUGUACCAAAGAUAGAAGGGGAUUUGAAAGGGCCUGAGGUUGAUAUCAGAGGCCCUAAACUGGAUGUUGAUGUUCCUGAGGUUGACCUGCAGGGACCAGAGGGAAGAUGGAAAGGUCCUAAAUUUAAGAUGCCUGAGAUGCACAUCAAGGCACCUAAAAUCUCCAUGCCAGACAUUGACUUGAAUUUGAAAGGCCCUAAAGUGAAGGGAGAUGUGGAUGUUUCUGUUCCAAAGAUUGAGGGUGAUUUGAAAGGUCCUGAAGUUGAUCUUAAAGGCCCCAAAGUUGACAUUGAUGCACCAGAUAUGGAUCUUCAUGGCCCAGAAGGUAAAUUUAAAAUGCCUAAGUUCAAAAUGCCCAAGUUUGGAAUGCCUGGGUUCAAAGGAGAGGGACCAGACGUGGAUGUAAGCCUUCCGAAAGGGGAGAUUGAUCUCUCAGGUCCAAAAGUAGACAUUGAUGCUCCUGAUUUGGAUAUUGAAGGGCCAGAAGGACACCUGAAAGGUCCCAGAUUUAAGAUGCCUGAAAUGCACAUCAAGGCACCUAAAAUCUCCAUGCCAGAUGUAGAUUUGAAUUUGAAAGGCCCUAAAGUGAAGGGGGAUGUGGAUGUGUCUGUUCCAAAUAUUGAGGGUGAUUUGAAAGGUCCUGAGUUUGAUAUCAGAGCCCCCAAAGUUGACAUUGAUGCACCAGACAUGGAUCUUCAUGGCCCAGAAGGUAAAUUUAAAAUGCCUAAAUUCAAAAUGCCCAAAUUCAGCAUGCCUGGGUUCAAAGGAGAGGGACCAGAGGUGGACGUGAAGCUUCCGAAAGGGGAGAUGGAUAUUUCUGGUCCCAAGAUAGACACUGAUGCUCUGGAGUUGGAUAUUGAAGGUCCUGAAGGAAGGCUGAAAGGACCCAAAUUUAAAAUGCCUGAAAUGCACAUCAAAGCACCAAAAAUCUCCAUGCCAGACAUUGACUUAAACAUAAAAGGUCCCAAAAUGAAAGGAGAUGUAGAUGUUUCUCUUCCAAAGCUAGAAGGUGACUUGAAGGGUCCUGAAUUUCAUCUCCAAGGCCCCAAAGUUGACAUUGAUGCACCAGAUAUGGAUGUUCAUGGCCCAGAGGGUAAAUUCAAAAUGCCUAAAUUCAAAAUGCCCAAGUUUGGAAUGCCUGGGUUCAAAGGGGAGGGACCAGACUUGGAUGUAAACCUUCCAAAAGAGGAGAUUGAUCUCUCAGGUCCAAAAGUAGACAUUGAUGCUCCUGAUUUGGAAAUUGAAGGUCCAGAUGGGAAAUGGAAAGGUCCUAAAUUUAAGAUGCCUGAAAUGCACAUAAAGGCACCCAAAAUCUCCAUGCCAGAUGUUGAUUUACACUUGAAAAGCCCUAAUGUGAAGGGAGAUGUGGAUGUGUCAGUUCCAAAAAUUGAGGGUGAUUUGAAAGGGCCUGAGUUUGAUAUUAAAGGCCCCAAAGUUGACAUUGAUGCACCAGACAUGGAUAUUCAUGGCCCAGAAGGUAAACUCAAAAUGCCUAAAUUCAAAAUGCCUAAAUUUGGCAUGCCUGGGUUCAAAGGGGAGGGCCCUGAUGUGGAUAUAAAACUUCCUAAGGGAGAGGUGGAUAUUUCUGGGCCAAAGGUAGACAUAGAUACCCCAGAUUUGAACAUUGAAGGUCCAGAGGGAAAGCUGAAAGGUCCCAAAUUUAAGAUGCCUGAAAUGCAUGUCAAUGUUCCUAAAAUCUCCAUGCCAGACAUUGAUUUGAAUUUGAAAGGUCCUAAAUUGAAGGGGGAUGUGGAUGUUUCUGUACCAAAACUAGAAGGGGAUUUGAAAGGGCCCGAGUUUGAUAUCAAGGGUCCCAAAAUGGACAUUGAUGCUCCAGAUCUUGAUAUUGAAGGUCCUGAAGGAAAAUGGAAAGGCCCCAAAUUCAAGAUGCCUGACAUGCAUUUUAAAGUACCUAAAAUCUCCAUGCCAGACGUUGACUUUAAUUUGAAAGGUCCUAAAGUCAAGGGGGAUGUGGAUGUUUCUGUUCCAAAACUAGAAGGGGAUUUGAAAGGCCCUGAGGUUGAUAUCAGAGGCCCUAAAUUGGAUGUUGAUGUUCCUGAGGUUGACAUAGAGGGACCAGAGGGAAAGCUGAAAGGCCCUAAAUUUAAAAUGCCUGAAAUGCACAUCAAGGCACCUAAAAUCUCCAUGCCAGAUUUUGAUUUGAACCUGAAAGGACCUAAAGUGAAGGGGGAUGUGGAUGUUUCUGUACCAAAGCUAGAAGGGGAUUUGAAAGGGCCUGAGUUUGAUAUCAAAGGUCCCAAAGUGGACAUUGAUGCUCCAGAUCUUGAUAUUGAAGGUCCUGAAGGAAAAUGGAAAGGCCCCAAAUUUAAGAUGCCUGAAAUGCACAUCAAGGCACCUAAAAUCUCCAUGCCAGACAUCGACUUUAAUUUGAAAGGCCCUAAAGUGAAGGGGGAUGUGGAUGUUUCUGUUCCAAAACUACAAGGGGACUUGAAAGGCCCUGAGGUUGAUAUUAAAGGGCCUAAAUUGGAUAUAGAUGCCCCGGAUGUGGAGAUUGAAGGCCCUGAUGGGAAAUGGAAAAGUCCUAAAUUUAAGAUGCCUGAGAUGCACAUCAAGGCACCUAAAAUCUCCAUGCCAGAUGUUGAUUUACACUUGAAAGGUCCUAAACUGAAGGGAGAUGUGGAUGUGUCUGUUCCAAAGAUUGAGGGUGAUUUGAAGGGGCCUGAGUUUGACAUCAAAGGCCCUAAAAUUGACCUUGAUGCACCAGAUGUGAACCUUCACGGCCCAGAGGGUAAACUCAAAAUGCCUAAAUUCAAAAUGCCCAAAUUUGGAAUGCCUGGGUUCAAAGGGGAGGGACCAGAUGUGGAUGUAAGCAUUCCGAAAGGGGAGAUUGAUCUCUCAGGUCCAAAAGUAGACAUUGAUGCUCCUGAUUUGGAUUUUGAAGGGCCAGAAGGAAAACUGGAAGGUCCCAAAUUUAAGAUGCCUGAAAUGCACAUCAAGGCACCUAAAAUCUCCAUGCCAGAUGUUGAUUUACACUUGAAAGGUCCUAAACUGAAGGGAGAUGUGGAUGUGUCUGUUCCAAAAAUUGAGGGUGACUUGAAGGGGCCUGAGUUUGACAUCAAGGGCCCUAAAAUUGAUCUUGAUGCCCCUGAUGUGGAUCUUCAUGGGCCAGAGGGUAAACUCAAAAUGCCUAAAUUCAAAAUGCCCAAAUUUGGAAUGCCUGGAUUCAAAGGGGAGGGACCAGACGUGGAUGUAAGCCUUCCCAAAGGGGAGAUUGAUCUCUCAGGUCCAAAGGUAGACAUUGAUCCUCCUGAUUUGGAAAUUGAGGGGCCAGAAGGAAAACUGAAAGGUCCUAAAUUUAAGAAGCCUGAAAUGCAUUUUAACGUUCCUAAAAUUUCCAUGCCAGAUAUUGAUUUAAAUUUGAAAGGCCCUAAACUGAAGGGAGAUGUGGAUGUUUCUCUUCCUAAAGUAGGUGGUGAUUUGAAAGGUCCCAAAGUUGAAGUCAAAGGACCAGAUAUUGAUCUUGAGGCUCCAAAACUUGAUAUAGAAGGAAAGACAAAAAAAUCAAGAUUUAAACUUCCUAAAUUUAGUUUUUCUGGCCCUAAAGUUCAAAGCCCUGAUGUGGAUGUGAAACUUAAGAAAUCUGAUAUUGAUAUUUCUGGACCAAAGGUGGAUGUGAGUGCUCCAGAUGUGGACAUUCAGGGGAAAGCAAAAGGAUCUAAAUUUAAAAUGCCUUUCCUAAGUAUUUCAUCACCUAAAGUGUCAAUGCCAGAUGUGGAGUUAAAUCUGAAAGGGCCAAAACUGAAAGGAGACCUAGAUGUUUCUGGCCCAAAGCUAGAAGGGGAUUUAAAAGGGCCUGAAGUUGACCUCAAAAGUCCCCAAAUAGACAUCAGUGCACCAGACGUUGAUAUUCAUGGCCCAGAGGGUAAACUCAAAAUGCCAAAAUUGAAAAUGCCUAAAUUUGGAACACCUGGGUUGAAAGGAGAGGGGCCAGAUAUGGAUGUAAAACUUCCAAAAGGGGAGGUGGAUGUUUCAGGUCCCAAGAUAGACAUUGAUACUCCAGAUUUGGAAAUUGAAACUCCUGAUGGAAAAGUGAAAGGCCCCAAAUUUAAGAUGCCUGAAAUGCAUUUCAAUGUUCCUAAAAUCUCAAUGCCAGACAUUGAUUUGAAUUUGAAAGGCCCUAAAUUGAAGGGAGAUGUGGAUGUUUCUGUACCAAAACUAGAAGGGGAUUUGAAAGGCCCUGAAGUCGAUAUCAAAGGCCCUAAAGUGGAUAUAGAUGUCCCUGAUGUGGAGAUUGAAGGCCCAGAAGGCAAGUGGAAAGGUCCCAAAUUUAAGAUGCCUGAUAUGCAUUUUAAAGCACCUAAAAUCUCCAUGCCAGAUUUUGAUUUGAACCUGAAAGGGCCUAAAGUGAAGGGGGAUAUGGAUGUUUCUGUUCCAAAAUUAGAAGGUGACUUGAAAGGUCCUGAAGUUGAUAUCAAAGGCCCUAAACUGGACAUAGAUGUCCCUGAUGUGGAGAUUGAAGGACCAGAAGGAAAAUGGAAAGGUCCCAAAUUUAAAAUGCCUGACAUGCAUUUUAAAGCACCUAAAAUCUCCAUGCCAGACUUUGAUUUGAACCUGAGAGGCCCUAAAGUGAAGGGGGAUGUGGAUGUUUCCAUACCAGAUUUUGAAGGUGAUAUGAAAGGCCCAGAAGUUGAUAUCAAAGGUCCCAAAUUGGACAUAAAUGCUCCAGAUCUUGACAUUGAGGGUCCAGAGGGAAAACUGAAAGGCCCCAAAUUUAAGAUGCCUGAAAUGCAUUUUGAUGUUCCUAAAAUCUCCAUGCCAGACAUUGAUUUGAAUUUGAAAGGUCCUAAACUGAAGGGGGAUGUGGAUGUUUCUGUACCAAAAUUAGAAGGGGAUUUGAAAGGCCCAGAAGUUGAUAUCAAAGGUCCCAAAGUGGACAUAGACGCCCCUGAUGUGGAGAUUGAAGGUCCAGAUGGGAAAUGGAAAGGCCCCAAAUUCAAGAUGCCUGACAUGCAUUUUAAAGCACCUAAAAUCUCCAUGCCAGACUUUGAUUUGAAUUUGAAGGGUCCUAAAAUCAAGGGGGAUGUGGAUGUUUCUGGCCCUACACUGGAAGGGGAUUUGAAAGGUCCUGAUUUUGAUAUCAAAGCCCCCAAAGUUGACAUUGAUGCACCAGAUGUGGAUAUUCAUGGCCCAGAGGGUAAACUCAAAAUGCCCAAAUUCAAAAUGCCCAAGUUUGGCAUGCCUGGAUUCAAAGGGGAGGGACCAGACGUGGAUGUAAGCCUUCCAAAAGAGGAGAUUGAUCUCUCAGGUCCAAAAGUAGACAUUGAUGCUCCUGAUUUGGAUUUUGAAGGGCCAGAAGGAAAACUGAAAGGUCCCAAAUUUAAGAUGCCUGACAUGCAUUUCAAUGUUCCUAAAAUCUCCAUGCCAGACAUUGAUUUGAGUUUGAAAGGUCCUAAACUGAAGGGGGAUGUGGAUGUUUCUGUACCAAAAUUAGAAGGGGAUUUGAAAGGCCCAGAAGUUGAUAUCAAAGGUCCCAAAGUGGACAUAGACGCUCCUGAUGUGGAGAUUGAAGGUCCAGAUGGGAAAUGGAAAGGCCCCAAAUUCAAGAUGCCUGACAUGCAUUUUAAAGCACCUAAGAUCUCCAUGCCAGAAUUUGAUUUGAAUUUGAAGGGUCCUAAAAUCAAGGGGGAUGUGGAUGUUUCUGGCCCUACACUGGAAGGGGAUUUGAAAGGUCCUGAUUUUGAUAUCAAAGCCCCCAAAGUUGACAUUGAUGCACCAGAUGUGGAUAUUCAUGGCCCAGAGGGUAAACUCAAAAUGCCCAAAUUCAAAAUGCCCAAGUUUGGCAUGCCUGGAUUCAAAGGGGAAGGACCAGACGUGGAUGUAAGCCUUCCAAAAGGGGAGAUUGAUCUCUCAGGUCCAAAAGUAGACAUUGAUGCUCCUGAUUUGGAUUUUGAAGGGCCAGAAGGAAAACUGAAAGGUCCCAAAUUUAAGAUGCCUGACAUGCAUUUCAAUGUUCCUAAAAUCUCCAUGCCAGACAUUGAUUUGAGUUUGAAAGGUCCGAAACUGAAGGGGGAUGUGGAUGUUUCUGUACCAAAAUUAGAAGGGGAUUUGAAAGGCCCAGAAGUUGAUAUCAAAGGUCCCAAAGUGGACAUAGAUGCCCCUGAUGUGGAGAUUGAAGGUCCAGAUGGGAAAUGGAAAGGCCCCAAAUUCAAGAUGCCUGACAUGCAUUUUAAAGCACCUAAAAUCUCCAUGCCAGAAUUUGAUUUGAAUUUGAAGGGUCCUAAAAUCAAGGGGGAUGUGGAAAUUUCUGACCCUAAACUGGAAGGGGAUUUGAAAGGUCCUGAUUUAGAUAUCAAAGCCCCCAAAGUUGACAUUGAGGCACCAGAUGUGGCUAUUCAUGGCCCAGAGGGUAAACUCAAAAUGCCCAAAUUCAAAAUGCCCAAGUUUGGCAUGCCUGGAUUCAAAGGGGAGGGACCAGACGUGGAUGUAAGCCUUCCAAAAGGGGAGAUUGAUCUCUCAGGUCCAAAAGUAGACAUUGAUGCUCCUGAUUUGGAUUUUGAAGGGCCAGAAGGAAAACUGAAAGGUCCCAAAUUUAAGAUGCCUGACAUGCAUUUCAAUGUUCCUAAAAUCUCCAUGCCAGACAUUGAUUUGAAUUUGAAAGGUCCUAAACUGAAGGGGGAUGCGGAAGUUUCUGUACCAAAAUUAGAAGGGGAUUUGAAAGGCCCAGAAGUUGAUAUCAAAGGUCCCAAAGUGGACAUAGAUGCCCCUGAUGUGGAGAUUGAAGGUCCAGAUGGGAAAUGGAAAGGCCCCAAAUUCAAGAUGCCCGACAUGCAUUUUAAAGCACCUCAAAUCUCCAUGCCAGACUUUGAUUUGAAUUUGAAGGGUCCUAAAAUUAAAGGAGACAUGGAUGUUUCUGUCCCUAAGAUAGAAGGUGAUUUAAAAGGUCCAGAGAUAGACAUUAAAUCCCCCAAAAUGUCUGUUGAGGUUCCUGAUCUUGACUUCGAAGGUCCAGAAGGAAAACUGAAAGGUCCUAAAUUUAAGAUGCCAGAAAUGCAUAUUAAAGCACCCAAAAUCUCCAUGCCAGAUUUUGACUUGAAUUUAAAGGGGCCUAAACUGAAGGGAGACAUGGAUGUUUCUGUUCCAAAGAUAGAAGGUGAUUUGAAAGGUCCAGAAAUUGACAUUAAAGGCCCCAAAUUGGACAUAGAUGCACCUGAUAUCAACAUUGAAGGGCCAGAAGGAAAACUGGAAACUCCCAAAUUUAAGAUGCCUGAAAUGCACAUCAAGGCCCCUAAAAUCUCCAUGCCAGAUGUAGACCUGAAUCUAAAGGCACCUAAACUGAAAGGAGACAUAGAUCUUUCUGGUCCAAAAAUAGAGGGUGAUUUGAAAGCUCCUGAAUUUGAUAUCAAAGGUCCCAAAGUGGACAUUGAUGCACCAGACAUCGAUAUUCAUGGCCCUGAAGGAAAACUGAAAUUACCCAAAAUGAAGCUGCCUAAAUUCAGUACGCCUGGGUUCAAAGGGGAAGGCCCGGAUGUGGAUGUAAGUCUUCCAAAGGGAGACGUUGAUAUUUCAGGUCCUAAGAUAGAUAUUGGCACUCCUGAUUUGAACAUUGAAGGUCCAGAAGGAAAACUGAAAGGGCCAAAAUUUAAGAUGCCUGAGAUGCACUUUAAGACACCCAAAAUCUCAAUGCCAGACAUUGAUUUAAAUUUGAAAGGUCAUAAAAUGAAGGGGGACUUCGAUGUUUGUGUUCCCAAGAUUGAGGGUAAUCUUAAAGGUCCUGAAGUUGAUAUCAAAGGCCCAGAAUUUGGGAUUAGAAGUCCUGAGCUUGAUGUUGAGUGUCCAGAUGUGACCACUGAGGGCCUUGAGGGAAAUGUUAAACUUCCCAAAUUUAAGAAACCAAAAUUUGGGUUUGGAAUUAAAAGUCCUAAGGCAGAAAUCAAGUCUCCUGAAGUGGAUAUUGGUGUCCCGGAAGGUGAACUGAAUGUGGAGUCUCCUGAUAUUGGCAUUUCUGGCAAAGGAAAAAAAAGCAAAUUUAAAAUGCCUAAACUUCAUAUGAGUGGCCCUAAAAUUAAAGGAAAGAAGGGUGGAUUUGAUAUGAAUCUACCCAGUGGUGAGAUAGAUGCAAAUUUGAAAUCUCCUGAUUUAGAUCUCAAUGUAACUGGUCCAGAGGCAACAAUAAAAGGAGAUAUUAAUGUCAAAUCCCCGAAAGGAAAGAAACCAAUGUUUGGGAAAAUCUCUUUUCCAGAUGUUGAGUUUGAUAUUAAAUCACCUAAGUUCAAAGCUGAUGCUUCUGUGACAGUUCCUAAAAUGGAAGGAGAAUUUAAAGCCCCCGAUUUGGAGGUUUCCACACCAGGUAUCAAAGGUGAUAUAAAGUCACCAGGUCUUGAUAUUACAACCCCCAGUAUCAGCGCAAAUCUUCCUGAUGUUAACAUUGGAGGUCCUGAUAUCAAUCUUAAGAAACCUAAGGUCAAACUUCCAAGUGGAAAUAUUGAUAUAGCUGGUCCAAAAAUGGAAGGUGAUCUGAGAAUCCCAGGUAUUGACACAAACAUUAAUGCCCCUGACAUCAAACUUAAAGGACCUACAGUGAAUCUGCCUUCGGUGGACAUUUCUGCUCCUUCAUUCUCUGCAUCUGAUCUUGAUAUUAACUUGAAAGGACCAAAAGUAAAAGGUGAUGUCAGUCUUCCUACAGCAUACCUGGAAGGUCCAGAAGGAAAACUAAAAUUUCCCAAGUUCUCACUGCCCAAGAUAGGGAAACCAAGUCUGAAUUUAGAAGGAGCUGAUGUGCAGCUGCCCUCAGCAAGUGUGGAUGUAUCAGCUCCAAGUAUUGAAGGAGGUGUGAGUGUUCCUGCAACUGAAGGAGUAGAUGCAAAACUGAAGGGACCUAAGGUGACUAUGCCAUCAGUAAACCUUUCAAUGCCCCAAGUCUCUGGACCUGAUUUUGAUGUAAACUUGAAAGGACCAAAACUAAAAGGAGACCUGGAUGUUUCUAGUGACCUUAAAGGUCCAAAGGUGGACAUACAUGCACCAGAUGUUGAUAUAAAAGGCUUUGGAGGAAAGCUUAAAAUGCCCAAAUUUAAAUCUCCAACUUUGGAGGGACCUCAAGCAGAUCUGAACAUGAAAGGGGACAUUGGAUUUUCUGCCCCACAAAUUGAGGGGGGCAUGAAAGCACCAGGUAUGGAUGUCCAUCUCAGUGCCACAGACCUUGAUAUCAAAGGGCCUACAGUGAAAAUGCCAUCGGUAGGUAUUUCUGCCCCAGAUUUUGAUGUAAAUUUGAAAGGACCAAAGUUAAAAGGAGAUCUUGAUCUUUCUGGUGGCAUUAAAUCCCCAAAAGUGGCUAUAGAUGCACCAGAUGUUAACUUGGAAGGUCCAGGAGGUGCGAUUAAACUUCCUUCACUGAAGCUUCCCCAAUUUGGCAUUUCUAGUCCUCAUGUUGAGGGGUCUAACAUGGGUGUGAGUAUUGAAGGACCACAAAUUAAAGGAGACCUUGCUGGCUCAGGGAUUGAUGGAGAUUUGAAAGGGCCUGCAUUUAAAAUGCAACCACUUCAAGUUUCAGCUCCAAAAAUCUCUGCACCCGACAUUGACUUAAACUUAAAAGGACCAAAUCUAAAGGGUGAUGUUAAUAGUGCUGGUGAUGUUAAAGGCCCAAAAGUUGGAGUGGAAGCACCAGAUAUCAGCAUCAAAAGUUCAAGUGGAAAUAUUCAAAUACCAUCAGUAAAACUGCCCAAAUGUGACAUUUCAGGUUCCCAAGGCAUGAAGGUUUCUGGGAUGGGUAUUGCAACUAAUGCUCCUGAUAUCAGUUUAACAGGUCCUGCCUUCAGUAUAUCAACACCAAAAGUUUCUGGGUCAGAUUUUGAUGUAAAUUUGAAAGAACCUAAAAUCAAAGGAGGUUUCGGCAUUUCUGGAGACAUGAAAGCUCCUGAUGUAAAUGUUGGGGCACCACACUUGGGCAUUCAGCAUUCAGGUGGUGAAUUCAAAGGGCCACAGCUUUCAUCUUCUGGUUUUGAUGUAGAAAUGAAUGUGCCAGAUGUUGCAGGGGGUCUUCAUGUUUCUGGACCAAAGGUAGAAGGUGGUCUGAAAGGUCCCAAGGUAGGAAUCAAAGGUCCUGGCAUAGAUAUGAAUUUUCCACAAAGUAACUUAGAAAGUGCAUCAGGAAAAGUGACAUUCCCCAGGAUGAAAUUGCCUAAAUUUGUGUCUUCAGGGCAUGAGGUAACUGGAAGAGAAGUAGGGGUUGAUGUUAACUUCCCUCCGCCAGAUGCCAGUCUCCAGGCUGGUGCGGUGGAGGCUGAGUUUGAAGAGCCAGAUGUCAAACUUAAGAAAUCUAAAAUUAAGAUGCCAAAGUUUAAUUUUUCAAAACCUAAAGGCAAAGGCACCAUUGUUGGCUCACCGGAAGCCUCAGUGUCCAUUUCAGGAUCUAAAGGAGAUUUAAAAAGUUCCAAGGCAAGUCUAGGUUCUAUGGAGGGUGAACUGGGGGGAGGGGAAGCUGCUGCCACUUCACCUAAAGGGAAGUUUUCGUUAUUUAAAAGCAAAAAGCCACAUCAUCGAUCAUCUUCCUUUAGCGAUGAACAUUCCUCCCAGUCAACCCCCACUGGCACCUUGGAGUUUGAGUGCAGCUCAGGAGCAGAGAAAGAAAAGCAGGCCAAGAUGAAAUUUGGAACGUUUGGAGGGAUAGGGUCAAAAACUAAAGGUUCUUAUGAGGUAACUGGAAGUGACGAUGAAGCAGGAAAGAUGCCAGGGAGUGGGGUCUCGUUAACAUCCCAGAAACCCCGCCUGUCUUCCUCUUCGAGUAAUGACAGCGGGACAAAGGGGGGGUUCCGAGUGCCAGCGGUAGAACUGACCGUUGCCAAAAAGAAAGAGUAAAGCGUCCGUGUAUAUAUGUCUGUGUAUGUGUAUAUAUAUAUCUAUCUUCUGUGUUUGUAUAUAAAUUUCAUAGCUUGAAAUAUUUUCAACCUCAGCAAUAAAAUGAAUGGUGCCUAGUGAAAUGUUAGAUGUCAUGUUGCCUACUCAAAAGAGAGGAGAGUUUAAAAGCAAGUGACCCUGGAGCUGUACCACAGUUCAUCUGAUGUAUUUGAAAGUUUCUUUGUGUUCAUGAUAUUUGGUUUGCGCAUUAAAUGCUGAGAGCUUAAGUUUACUAGCAAGCUAUUUUGAUAUCCUUUUCAUUUUACUGGAUAUUUUCAGUGUCGGUUUAUGGAAAUAAUGUUUCCAUUUUAAUUACCUUUUGGCUUUUAUUUGCAGGGCUUACAUUUCUAUAAUGAGAAUGGAUAUAUUGAAAACACUGUAAAAUAUAUAGAUGCAACUGAAAUAUGUCACUUUCCCUUGUAAUGUGGGGUUUAAAAUGACACGGAGUGUUUAUCACAGAAAGCUGUGGUUUCUAUUAGCUUUGGUAGUUGUGGUGGUAAGAAAAGUACCCCACUUUAAUUUAAGACUAGAGAAUCCGGGCUGCUUUUGAUAAAUGUCAUGAAGAAAAACAGAAUUUACCAAUAAACGACUAACCUGUUUUGGGUUGGAUUCGACUGACACCAUCUUAGUUGUCUCCAUAUAUUUGUUUCAUUAUUUGUAUUAUAAGAGAGGACUUUUCUUAGUUAUGGUGCAAAAAUCUGUGACUGCCACUUUUCUGAUAUUUGUUAUAAUUUCUGUUAACAAAUGUAUCUUGAUUUAAAAAAAAUCUUUCAGCACUUUAAUGGCAAAUGAAUUGAGAAUGUAAGAAGAUUGAUCUUGUAAAAUGCAAAUAAACUGUUUAUUAACCUUG